UGUGGAACAGAAACUAAAGCAACUUCAUCAAUGGCGGAUUCAGUUACGCCAAGGUUGUACAGCUGCUACAAGUGCCAUAACCUCAUAUCUCGCCACGAUGACAUCGUUUCCAAAGAUUUUCAGGCAAUAAAUGGAAGAGCCUUCUUGUUCUCUCACACCAUGAACGUAGUUUUAGGGCCCCAACAAGACAGGAGGCUCAUAACUGGGCUCCACACAGUUUCUGAUGUACACUGCCGGGAUUGUGGGGAGGUUUUGGGUUGGAAAUAUGAAAGAGCUUAUGAGGAAUCUCAGAAGUACAAAGAAGGAAAAUUCAUACUUGAAAAAUUCAAGAUUGUUAAGGACAAUUGGUAGCACUCUCAAAAUAAAUAAUGAUUGUUGG